AUGGAGAACCAGGACGAGUCCAGGAAGCUGAACGGGAGCUCCUCGGACCCCGGCGAAACCGCAGCCGUGGCCCCCGAGCAGGCUAAAGAGAGCAUGCAGAUGAAGAAGGAGAUCUCCCUGCUCAACGGAAUCAGCCUCAUCGUGGGCAACAUGAUUGGCUCAGGCAUCUUUGUGUCUCCCAAGGGCGUGCUCAUCUACAGCGCCUCCUACGGCCUGUCGCUGGUCAUCUGGGCCAUCGGUGGAAUAUUCUCAGUGGUCGGCGCUCUGUGUUACGCAGAGCUGGGCACCACCAUCACCAAGUCCGGGGCCAGCUAUGCCUAUAUCCUGGAGUCCUUUGGUCCAUUCAUUGCCUUUAUUCGCCUGUGGACAUCACUGCUCAUCAUUGAGCCCACCAGUCAGGCAGUCAUCGCCAUAACGUUCGCUAACUACCUGGUGCAGCCGCUCUUCCCUACGUGCGAGCCCCCCUACUCAGCCUCGCGCCUCAUCGCAGCCGCCUGCAUAUGUGAGUAAUCCCUUAUGACGCGCUUACGCACUCUGACUAACUUUUUCCUAUAUCCUUCUCUCACAAAUGGCAAACAAAGUGUCAAAGGACACUCUGAAAAUGCAGACAAUGUAAAAAUAGAACAUUAGCAGACUGUUUAAUUUAAGUUGAGUCACUAAAAUGCUCUCAAAUUGCUCUUAGUAGGACUUGCUCUCUAGGUUUUCCAGAACCUUCCUACCUCAUACCCAUUUCAGUAACCCUACGCUACUUCGGCAGACAGUUAUGCUAACAUUGGGGCCAAGAAAUAGUACAUACUGUUCCUGCAUUACAGGGUGUACAUGAACUGAUUCCAGAUCUGUUUUCAUGCAUGUGUGUGCACUCACUGCACUGUGCAUCUGUACAGACAGAAGCCCAACAGAACAGAGCUGACAGAACUACUCUCAGAGUUAAGAAGCUUCGAGUCCUCUCAUCAUGUGACCUGUGAAUUGUAACACAUAACAUGUAACUAAUUGAAUGAGUACUCCGUGAUUGAAAGACUCACAGCACAGUAAAAGGAUUUGGCUCUGAUCUUUGACCUUUAACAGUCCUCUGCUAAGUACUAGUCUGCUGAUGUUGUGUGAACACUCCUGUCUUUGGUUGGCCCAGGUUUGCUGACGUUCAUCAACUCGGCCUACGUGAAGUGGGGCACCAGGGUGCAGGAUGUCUUCACUUACGCCAAAGUUCUCGCCCUCAUCGUCAUCAUCAUUACAGGCAUAGUGAAACUAUGCCAAGGUCAGUGACACUGUAUCACUGCUGCCAACACACUACAGUUGAUUCAUUUUCAUAUCAGAUUUUUAUCCCAUUGCAUGAAUGGUUGUAUAGUAAUUACUGUGUCUGCCUCCCCUCAGGAUACACCAUGAACUUUGAGGCGUCGUUCCAGGGCUCUUCUACAGACCCAGGAGACAUUGCCUUGGCCCUGUACUCUGCCCUGUUCUCCUACUCAGGCUGGGACACACUCAACUUUGUUACCGAGGAGAUCAAGGACCCAGAGAGGUACUCAUGACACCCUGACAACACAUACCAAACAUACCAUUAUUGACCUGCUUGAUUUCCGCCUCUAUAGUCAGUCAUUAACUAGCCUGGCCGCAGAUCUGCUUGUGCUUUAGCCAACUCCUUUGUCAUUCAUUGUCAUACAUGACUGUUUGGCAUGACAACGAAUCCAACAGAAGGGUCGGCUGAAGCACAAACCGCUCUGCUCCCAUGCUAGAACCGUAACUGGGUUCCAUUACUAAUCUGAGGAAGCUUUGGUUACAAGGAUGUGUGAAUGCAGUGGUAGAUAAUGGAGUGCCAUAGUGAUUGCUGGCAGCUGGGUGUUAUUCCAAAGUAGAACCUACUGUAUGUACAUUCACACAUUAACGCCAGUGCCAUGUAACCUUACCACCAUGUUGCACUGUAGGUUUAAGCAAGUCAGCUCCGGUAAGAGUAUAUGCCAAACAAAGAGAGACGUAUACUGUAUGAAUGAUAAUGUUUGACCUUACUCUGUUCCCAUAGGAACCUGCCCCUGUCCAUUGCCAUCUCCAUGCCCAUCGUCACAAUCAUAUAUAUCAUGACUAACGUGGCUUACUACGCCGUGCUGGACAUGAGUGCUAUCCUCGCCAGUGAUGCCGUGGCUGUGGUGAGUUCAGAAAUAAGAGCUCUUUCUUUUAUAUCAUGGAAUAGAUUUUAUUUAGUUUAUUGGGCCAAUGGGUCUCUGUUGAAGAGCAGAUUAUUUAUGGCUCUGAUUUCCGGGAAUGUAGUUUGAGAGGGAAAUUGUAUACAGUGCCGACCCACAUGCCACAUGUUGAAGUUAUUACCAAUGCGAUUACCGCCCUUGCUUGUUUUUUAUGUAUACAUUGAGUUGAUGUUCAGUUCUGUUCCUAGGCCUGUUUGUCUUUGUUUCUAUAAGCACCUGAUCACCCUCAGGCAUCUGUGUCAGGGGCUGUCUGGCCCAUUGACAGUCUGGAUGUUUAAUUGGAGUCUGACAGACUCCAAUUUAGAUAUGGAUCUUUCUUUAUCAAUGUGUAAAAGUGUCCCCUGGAAAGGUGUGUGUUUUUAAGAUUCUGUGUAAAAUCCUAAUAUGUUUUAUUUUCUCCUCUGUAGACGUUUGCAGACCACACUCUGGGAGUGAUGAGCUGGACCAUCCCCAUCGCUGUGGCUCUGUCCUGUUAUGGAGGGCUAAACGCAUCUAUUAUCGCUGCAUCCAGGUAAGCCCUGUGACACACACACACACACAUACACAAACACACACACACUCACACUCCCAUAAGCUUUAUGGUUUUGCUGUACAGUCUAAGGCCUUGAUUUCCAUGUUCCAUCUGGUUAUAUCUCUAGUUAUGUUGUGCUCCGAUGGUUUUUAUAGUGACGUUCUAUAAUAAACACCAUCUGGAGUUGCUUUCUGGUAAUGAUUACGGAGGUACACUACUGACCAAAAGUAUGUGGACACCUGCUCGUCGAACAUCUCAUUCCAAAAUCAUGGGCAUUAAUAUGGAGUUGGUCCCCCAUUUGCUGCUAUAACAGCCUCCACUCUUCUAGGAAGGCUUUCCACUAGAUGUUGGAAAAAAGGGGGUGUUACGGAUACAGGUAUCCUGUGUUUUUUCUUUCCUUCUGCCCUAAUCACAGGUGUCCUGUAUGUUCCUGAUUGGUGGUCGUUGGGGUGUCUGCUGAUUGCUGAGGUGGACCAAUCAGUGGACAUUCCUCUGCAUUGCACCACCUGUUUUUCAAUCACACAUCCCAUUGUUUAAAAGCCGGUCAGUUGUGUUUGUUGUUAGAGACUAUUUCCGUAUGUGAGUAUGGAUACUGUGGUGUCCUGUGUUUUGUGUACUUACUAAGUUGCUGGUUACUCUGUUUGGUAACUUUGUUAGAGACUAAUUGCUUCCAUUCGGCCACAAGAGCAUUAGUGAGGUCAGGCACUGAUGUUGGGCGAUUAGGCCUCGCAGUCAGCGUUUCAAUUCAUCCCAAAGGUGUUCGAUGGGGUUGAGGUCAGGGCUCUGUGCAGGCCAGUCAAGUUCUUCCACACCGAUCUCGACAAACCAUUUCUGUAUGGACCUCACUUUGUGCACGGGGGCAUUGUCAUGCUGAAACAGGAAAGGGCCUUCCCCAAACUGUUGCCACAAAGUUGGAAUCACAGAAUCGUCUAGAAUGUAAUUGUAUGCUGUAGUGUUAAGAUUUCCCUUCACUGGAACUAAGGGGCCUAGCCCGAACGAUGAAAAACAGCCCCAGACCAUUAUUCCUCCUCCACCAAACUUUACAGUUGGCACUAUGCAUUCGGGCAGGUAGCGUUCUCCUGGCAUCUGCCAAACCCAGAUUCGUCCGUCGGACUGCCAGUUGGUGAAGCGUGAUUCAUCACUCCAGAGAACGUGUUUCCACUGAUCCAGAGUCCAAUGGCGGCGAGCUUUACACCACUCCAGCCGACGCUUGGCAUUGCGCAUGGAGUGGCACAGUGGUCUAAGGCACUGCAUUGCAGUGCUAGCUGUGCCGCUAGAGAUCCUGGUUCGAAUCCAGGCUCUGUCGUAGCCGGCCGCGACCGGGAGACCCAUGGGGCGGCGCACAUUUGGCCCAGCGUCGUCCAGGGUAGGGUAGGGGAGGGAUUUGGACAGACGAGGACAGACGAUUUACGCGCUACGCGCUUCAGCACUCGGCAGGCCCGUUCUGUGAGCUUGUGUGGCCUACCACUUCGCCGCUGAGCCGUUGAUGCUCCUAGACGUUUCCACUUCACAAUAACAGAACUUACAGUUGACCGGGGCAGCUCUUGCAGGACAGAAAUUUGAUGGACUGACUUGUUGGAAAGAUGGCAUCCUACGACGGUGCCACGUUGAAAGUCACUGAGCUCUUCAGUAAGGCUAUUCUACUGCCAAUGCUUGUCUAUGGAGAUUGCAUGGCUGUGUGCUCGAUUUUAUACACCUGUGAGCAACGGGUGUGGCUGAAAUAGCCGAUUACACUAAUUUGAAGGGGUGUCCACAUACUUUUGUAUCUACAGUGUAUGCUGUAUGCCACAGAUGUACCAUUAGGUUGACCAGAUACUCUAGUGGCCGCUAGUGCUGAGCGAUUAACCGAAAUGUCGGUUAUUUUUUGGUUUUUAAAACAACAAAUUAAAUUAUUUGAAUUCCAUUUAGUUCGUUUUUUUUUAUGUGAGCUCAAUGCACACAUUGGCUGCAGUUUCUCUAGAGAUAAAUCAGAUCAUGCCUGAACUGUGCGACGUAGCAGGGAGUUGUAGUUACCUAUAGGCCAAUGUUCUACAUAGUUUAGCGCAGAAAACGUGAUAAUUAACUAAAAUGACCAUAAUCCAUUGCGCGGCUACUUGUCCGGUCUGUGUGGGGCAGACACGGAGAGAGAGAGAAGAGACAGAAGACGAUGGGAUAGAGGGCAGGUAUCUCUACCUGAAAAUACAUUAUCUAAGUGAUUGUUAGUUGGUAUUCAGCAGUCAUAAAAGUAUGCCUUAUUUACUUUGAAUAACUACUAAAAUAGUGAUUUUGGGCUCUAUAGAGAUGAGAUGAUGACUUGGAAUUAAAUUAUAAAGUAAUCAAAUAAAACAAAUGCAAUAUAUACAACAACUGAAAUAUUUUAUAAAAGUAAAAUAAUGUGAAUAACUGAUGAUUAAUAAGUGAUAAGCAGUAAUGGGCAGUCACUACCAUCAUGGGACUUUUAAUAAUUGUUUUAUUCUGUGUUGUUCAACCCACAUAAUGCAUAGUGCAUUUAAUGUACAAAAUAAUCAACUAAAUCGAAAACCGUGAUUAUAUUUUUAUAAUCUAUCCGAAACCGAACCGUCCACAAAAAGCACUAAUCGCUCAGCACUGUAUCUAAGUGAUACCUCCGCCGUUGGCAGGCUGUUCUUCGUGGGUGCUCGUGAAGGUCACCUCCCGGACGCCUUAUCUAUGAUUCAUGCGGAGAGGUAUACCCCUGUCCCUGCUCUACUCUUCAACGUAAGCACCCCCUUUCCUUACAUCACCUACAUUGCAUACUUUUGUACAUUUUCAUCAACUUUUAUGCCAAACAAACAAAGUAGAAUCAUCUCCACUGUCCACAUCAACUCAAUGCUGCUGUCAGUGCUGACACCUGGUGGAUAGACAUGACCAGUGCAGCUUCCUUACUAUCUGGUGUGGAUGAUUUUGAUGAGCCAUGUCUCCCCCUGCUGGCAAGUCAUACAUUCUGCCUCUUGUUGACCAGUUUCUUUUUUUUUGUGUCCACAGUGUGCCAUGGCCUUGGUAUACCUGACUGUGGAGGAUGUCUUCCAGCUGAUCAACUACUACAGCUUCAGCUACUGGUUCUUUAUGGGUCUGUCUAUCGCUGGGCAGAUCUACCUGCGCUGGAAGGAACCAGACAGACCCAGACCACUCAAGGUGAGAAACUUGACGGUCUCACCCUGUGAACCAAUAUGUUCAUACUUAUUAAUGAAUAGACUAAAGAUAAAAUCUCUUGCAAGAUAAGUAGUUACAUGUAAGACAACAAUGAAUGUCUGUGCUUGUCUCCCCAAUGUGUUCCUGUGUGCAGUUGACCCUGUUGUACCCCAUCAUCUUCUGUUGUUGCACUGUGUUCCUCGUGGCAGUGCCACUGUACAGUGACACCAUCAAUUCUCUCAUUGGCAUCGCCAUUGCCCUCUCCGGAGUGCCGGUCUACUUCCUGGGCAUCCACCUACCCGAGUCCAAACGCCCACCCUACAUUACCAAGUUACUACGUGAGUUAGCCUCUCUCAAUAAGAGCCUUUCCACAGCCUGUUUCCAAGUGAGGACUGAUUUUACAUUUACUAUCUUGUAUAAUAGUUGAAAAUAUUUCCAUUGAAAGAUGUGGAAACAGUAUUUUAUUUAGUAAUUUAUGAUUGCGCUCUGACCUCUUUCUUUCCAUUGUGCUAGGUUCUUUCACACGUUUUACCCAGCUCACCUGUUUCUGUGUGCUCACCGAGAUGGACAUCAGUGAGUAA